AUGGAGGCUGUUAAUGCUUAUGAACAAUUGCAAGAUAAAAUGUCGUCAUCUUUGCACAAUAAUAAUAUUUAUUCCACGGAUGUCAGCGAUGAAAUGCUGAUGUAUUUCAGUUUUGUUCCCGAUUCAAUUUUGUUCAACAAAAUUUUCUGCACUGCUUUUUCCCAUACAAUCCAGUCUAUUUCUAUUGCUCAAUUUUUAUCUGACACCCUUUUUAAGCAUGUGAGAAGUAAAGUGUUUAUGAAUGCCUCAGAUGUUGAUACUCGCAUACAACUCAGUGCUCAAAAGGUUUCCCACGAACUCAAAAAUAUUUUCCCUAACAUAACUCAAAUGUUAAGCAGCGACUCCCUUUGCACCUCUGACCAACUCUUUGUCGCCUACAAACGUUUGUGUAAUUUCGUUUCGUUGACUGACUACCGAUUCUCGAAUGUGAUUUAUUCCAAGAGUACCACAUGCAUAACUUCUUCUGAAUAUGAACAGAUUGAAAAUUCCCUAAAGCGUAAAGGGAAUUUUCCUUUGCCUCACGAGGUUUAUUCUGGGCUGAAUCACCUUGAUGACAUUGCGGAUGCUACUAUUCCCUUUCUUUUUAAAAUAUUAAUGGAUGUGGUAUUUUCUUUACAUUUUCCAAGAAUGACAUGUGAUCUCCUUAAAAUCACGGGGUUGUUUAAUAAAUCAAAUACCACAGAUAUUCAACAUCUUUUAGAGUUUGGGGUUCUUUUAUUUUUUCCUGAGAUUGAAUCAUAUUUUAAGACCUCUAAUAUACGUCAGAACUUUUCAAUCAAAAAAUCGCCUAAAAAUUCUAAUUCUGUACUCCAUGAAGAUCGGGUCAUUUUUUUUAAGAACAAGAUUGUAUUGAGCCCUUACCAAAUAAUCACUGCAAUAACUGAAAGAGUGUUGGCCCAUGAACCAAAUUCUUUUCCACCUGGAAAAUCCGAUAUUUCUGACUCUGGGAGAAAGGUUCGCCGGAAAUCAAAUUUAAAUGGAGCUUUGGGCCCAUCAAUAUUAGAGUUCCAGUUUCUUACACGCCGGGUUUUGGACAUCAUUUCUCUUCGUCUUGACAAGAACAAUUUUUUCAAUGCAUUGAAUCAACUUCCGAAAAAUAAUAUAUCACAAUCAUCCGUGGUGCCAGAGGGAGUACAAAACCCUAGUUUUAAUAAUUCAUAUCUGCCAUCCAGCGAUGAUACUACUGAAUGUACUUCAAACACCUCAGGUGAACAGUCAUCGGAUGGAAGUUCGUCUCCACCUUCGGACUACGAGAUGAUGGAACAGAGGAGUGUCCCUGCAACGCUUUUGAACGACGAGAUGAAGGAACAGAGGAGUGUCCCUGCAACGCCUUUGAACGACGAGAUAGUGGAACAGAGGAGUGUCCCUGCAACGCCUUCGGACUACGAGAUGAUGGAACAGAGGAGUGUCCCUGCAACGCUUUUGAACGACGAGAUGAAGGAACAGAGCGGGGCCCCUGCAACGCCUUUGGACCACGACAUACGGAUUUUGAGGUCUACAACUUUGGCAAAUGGUGCCCCUAGAACUGGAGGCUCCGAAACCAGACUUUCAAAAAUAUCAAUUCCACUAUCGAAAGCUACUGCUACACUAAGCUCCUAUAUUAUUGGGGAUGGCUCCUCAAAAAAUCCACCACACUCUAAGUCUCUUAAUCCAUUGACACCAACAACUCCGACAAAAGUUGUUAAGAGGGGAAGACGCCCUGGCUCAAAAAAUAAGCGAAAAAUAAAUAAAUAA